AUGAACAUUUCAUAGUAAUAUGAAGAAUAAUAGAAUUCAGAAAGAAUUGACACUCAAUUUCAUAAAUAGAAUUAGAAUCUUUUCAGAAGAUAAUUAUCAUAAUAUUAAUUCAAUAAUACUUGGAAACUUAAUGGAUUCAAUAUAAUUUUAAUAGUUCUAAAAUUUAUAUAAGCGAUUACAAAAUAAACAUUUACUACUUCAUUUAAAUUGUUAAAUGGUCAAUUUUUCAAAUUACUUAAGGAUAACACUGCAGAUUACAAUUAUUAUUUACAUAGAGGAUAUUUUACAUAAAAUAAAGCUUAAUCGUUUAUGAUUAAAUUUGAUCAAAAAGUGAACUUCUUAUAAUGUAAUAAUUUUUAUUAAAAUAGAUUAUAGAAGAAAUUAUUUAAAGAGAAUAAUGUAGUUUAUUUUAUUUGAACCAGAUGACACAAUAAUUAUAGUGUGGAAUAUUUAUCUACUUUGUAUAGUUACAAUAAAUGUAUUUUAUGUUUCAUUACGAUUAUCAUUUGUUGAAAUUGUUGAAAUGGAAUGGUAAUUAAAAGAUUUCAUUUUUGAAUAAUUACCUAGUUAUUCAUUCUUAUUAGAAAUUAUUAUUAAGUUUAAUACUUGUAUUUAUAGUAAAGGAGUACUUAUUAAAAAUAGAAAAAGAUUAAUAAAAAGAUAUCUUAAAAGAGAAUUUUUAAUUGAUUUAGUAUUAAUAAUACCAUUUUUUAUUGGAAGAUAAUUUGAUUUUAUAUAUUUAGAUCUUGUUAUUAUCUUGAAAGUAUUUUAAAUAUCCAAAUUAACUAAUUCUUUAUUCAAUCGUUUGGAAUUGACAUAACAACAAACAACUGUUUUUGAAUUAGUUAAACUAAUGUAAUAAACAAUUAAUAAUAGAGUUUUUUUAUACUAUUAUGUGCUCAUUUCUCAGCUUGUAUUUGGCAUAAACUAGGAGUAUGGGGAGAUUGGGGAAAUAAAAAUACAGUAACAUGGUUAAUAAAAGAAUAAUUAUAUAAUUCAAUGUGGAUUGAUAGAUAUGUAGUAUCAUUUUAUUGGAGUAUAGUUACUAUGACAACUAUUGGUUAUGGUGAUAUUAUUCCUGUAAAUUUAACAGAAAGGAUAUUUUGUAUAAUAAUGACAUUGAUAUCUACAGCAACAUUUGCUUAUUCAGUUAAUAGUAUUGGAUAAAUAUUUUAAGAUAUGUCUAAACAAUCUGUUUAAUUUAAAACAAAUAUGAAUAGUUUAAAUAAAUUCUUAAAAAAUUAGAAAGUAUCAACUUCAUUACAAAUAAAAUUUAGAAGAUAUUUUGAAUAUUUUUGGAGUAAACCUUCAUAAGAAGUAAUAUAAUUUUAAGAUUAAAUUCCAUAAUAAUUAAAAGAUCAAAUGAUUGUUGAUAUAAAUAUUAAAUUACUAAAAUAAUUAGAUUUAUUUAAAUAAUUUAGUAAUAGUUUACUUAAUACAUUAUGUUUAUAAUUUAAAGAAUUAUAAUUAUAACCAGAUGAAUAUCUAUUUAAAUCAAAUUAGAGAUCAGAAAAAUUAUAUAUUUUAGUAAAUGGAUAAAUUGAUUUACAUGUAAUCAUUAAUAAAAAAAAGAGAAUUUUAGAAAAAUUAAAGACUUUAUGUUUAGUAGGUCAAUUAAAUUUUAUUCUCAAUAAAGAAUACAAUUAUGAAGCAAUGGCUACAAAAAAUACAAAAAUAUUAGCAAUUGAUAGAUAAACUUUAAUUGAUAAUAUAAAAUAGAAUGAAAUUGAUUAUGUAUAAUAUUAUUAAUAUAAAAAGGAAAUUUAUAAAAAUUUUGAAGAAGAUAUUAGAAUAUAAAAAUAAUAUGGUAAAAUUUCAAUUAUAUGUUCAAUAUGUAGAAAAUCAAAACAUUUUGUUCUUGAUUGUCCUCUACUUUUUGGAGGUAUAAAUAGAACAAAAGUAUUAUAUUAAUUGAGACAUAAUUUACCUUAAGAUAGAAUUUAUAAGUUAAGGAAUAAUGAAGAUAGAAGAAUAUAAACAAAAAAACAUCAUUUUCUUGUUAUGGAAAGUGUAAUAUAAUAUAUAAUAAAGAAUGAUGAGAUUUGUAAUUUAGAGGGAAUUAAAGAAUGUAAAUAUUAUAUACAUCCUAGAAUUACAAGUAGCCAUUAAAUAAUAAUUAUAAUAUGAAGAAAAAAUGUCUAAUAAUUAAAGUAACUAAUUCACUAAAUAAUUAUCAUAAUUACCAAAUAUUCCAUCUUCUAUUAAUUGUAUAUCUCUUCGUAAUAUUCAGACCAAUAAGGUUUUAUAAGACAAUUAGAAUCAAGAAGAGCCUAAAGAAGAAAUUAAUUAAGUUGGAACUUUGAGUAAACCAUAAGAUUUUAGAUUAUUAACAAACUUAAAUAAUUAAGAAAUAUCACCUAUUUUAGAAGAACCAUAAACUAAGGAAGAAAGAUCAGAUGAAAUUAAUAAUAAUGAAUAAUUACCUUAAAUAGAGAAAUAAUAGAAUUCUAUUUAACCUUCUAAUCAAAAUACUGAUACAAAAGAAACAUAAUAAAGAAUGGUAAAGAAAAGGAAUUCAAUUAGAUAGAAAUUUGAUAGAAAAUAAACAGAUUAAGGUGAUAUUAUAAAAAAUAGAUAACAUUAAUUUAAAAGAUUAUUUACUGAAAAAGAAGAUAAUUAUGAUAGAAAAUCUAAAUUUUCUGGAUUUAAUAAUUAAUUAAUUAUAUCUCAAUAAUACAAAAAGAAUCCAUUAGGAUAAUUGACUAUAAAAAGAAAAUAAAGUAUCUAAGAUUAUAUAUAAUAAAAUGAAAAGACUUAAGAAAUUCCAUCAAAUAAAUAGAAUAAAGUAGAUGAAUUAUCUUUUGAUUUAGAAUAUUCUAAAAGUCAACUUUCAAUUAAAAAUAACAAUUUUAAACAACAUUAAGAAAUUUAUUAAAUGGAUUAAGAUAAUAAUAAUUAAAAAUCAUUUAAUAAAAUAUACACAAAAGUGUUUGAUAAAGAUAAUAAUAAUAUUGAAGAUGAAAAUUAUAUAAUAAAUUAAUAUUAAGAUGAUGAUAAUUAAAGAAAUACUGAUAGAUAGGUUGGAUUUCAAGAUAAUACUUAAAAUUAAAUUUAACAUUUACCAUAAUAAGAUAUUAAAUUAAUGGAUUAAAGUAUGAUGGUUUAAUUUGAAAAGAUUAAAUAAAAGGAGGAGCAGAUAUAACAAUAAUAUAGGGAUAGAUAAUAAACAAUUAAUACAAAUAAUAAAGAAAGUAAAGAAAUACAUAAUUAAAAUAUACAAAGAGGAUUAGCUAUUAAAGUAACUUCUGAUGAUUCUUCAGAUGAAGAUAUUAAUGGAUAAAAAUUAAUGAGAGGAUAAUAUCUUGAAAUAUUUAAAGAUUUUGAAAUAAUAAAAGAAUUUAAAUGUUAUUAUCCACAUAAUAAUAUAAAUUAAGUGAUAUUUUAGGUAUUAAUUUAUAAUUCUAAAUUUAGUUAUAUAAGAAUGAUUUUAAUUCAUAAUAAAAUCUUAUGAAGAAAAGAAAACUUAAAAAAUAAGAUACAAUAAUGAAUUUACUUAAAUAAACAUAACAUUUAAUGCGAAAAAGUUAAUAAUAAUGA